CACAGUACGGCGUCCUUUCAACAGGACAAAAUCUUAUCAUAUAUUCAUAUCACCAUGACCUGUGCCUCGGACGCCGGACGGCAUGGCGUUCACAUUUUACACAUCACACUAUUGUCUGCAUACGGUCCAUUCCGGCAUUACCUGACGCCUGUUGCUGCCGAAGCGUCUAAUACUGUGAACUCGUUUUUUAGAUAAAUUCUUCUCAAAAGCAAACACGUUUUUCCACGACUAAAAACGCCGCAACACAUUGUUGAGGCUUUAUCGUACUGUAUAGUAGUCACAUCGCGAGUAGUGUCUAAUGGUUUUAUUCUUUGUAAGCUUACAGAUUCCAUAUUUUAUGCGUGACAAAAGUAUAUUAUUAUUGCGUAUUUGCAUGUGUUAUGUUACAAGCGAACUAAGACUGUGUACGCAAUUAAUUUAAUUCUGUAUUAUUUAAAACCACUUUUCAUCACAGUUUUGUGUAAAAGUAUUUGUUUGACUUUUUGCUAUAAUUAAUUAUUCUACUAAUUCUCACUAAAAGAAUACACUUAAGAUUAAAAUUCACCCAACUACUGAAUGGCCUGAGUAUUGGAUUAAGGUGUUUGACUUUGAUAAAGUAUAUCAGAAUAAGGCGUGCUUAAUAAUACAUGUUUGACAAAUCUUUAAGACUGCCAAAAGAAUUUCUAAGACAAGAGAAAUCUGUAUUUUUGUAUAUAUUCAAAUAUUUUACAAGAUAAAUAUGUCUGGAAUUCCACAAAUCAAAUGUGAGUAUGAUUCUAUAAUACUUGAAGAGUUUAUAAAAGGAGAACCUAUUGAUGAACCUAUUGAUGAACUUAUUGAUGAACCUCUAGAACUUAAUUUUGAUAAUGAUCAUAAUGAUAUUCCAUCUACUAACCCAAGUAACACAGAAAAUUCUAAUUCUACCACAAACAAAAUCAAUAAUGAUAUUAAAAUUGAAAUAGAUGUAAUUGAUGGUGUUAUAUAUGAAAGUAUUAUUGAAAUUGAAAGCCAUUAUGAACAACUAGAAUCUCUAUUACUAUCUAAAACACGUGAUAUUGAGUCACGCGAAAAAAAAGAAUUAAAAAAUGCUCUCAAAGUAGUUCAUAAAACUGAUAAACCAUUUAACUGUGACACUUGUAAUAAGACUUUUUUACGAAAAGAACAUCUCAAGAAUCACCAGUGGAUUCAUACAGGAAAAAAACCAUAUAAAUGUGAAAUUUGUAAAAAAUCAUUUUCACGGAAAGAUAAUUUUAAAAGUCACAAUAUGACUCAUACUGGAGAGAGACCAUUUAAAUGUGCUUUAUGUCAUAAAUCAUUUUUACAUAAAGGUCACAUAAGAACUCACAUAAGAAUUCAUACAGGAGAAAGACCAUUUAAGUGCAAUUUAUGUAAAAAAUCAUUUUUACAGGAAGGUCACUUAAGAACCCACGAAAAAAUUCAUACAGGAGCAAAACCAUAUAAGUGCAAAAGUUGUAAUAAAUCAUAUUCACGGGAAGACAAUUUAAAAAGUCACCAAAAGAUUCAUUUGGGAGAAAAACCAUUUAAAUGUGAUAUAUGUAAGAAAUCAUUUUUUCAAAAAGGUCAUGUAAGAAUUCACAUGAGGAUACAUACAGGUGAAAAACCAUAUAAAUGCACUAUUUGUAAAAAAUCAUUUGCAAGGAAAGACAACAUGAAUGGUCACAUUAAGAGAAUGCAUGCUAUAAAAAAUUAAUAUUAACAUUUUGCAAUAAUAUGUAUACUAUUAUCGAACUGUCAGUAUGUUGUAAUUAUAGUUUAUUAUAAAUUAAUUUUAUGUUAAUCAUAACAUCUUUUUUAAUUGGAUUUCUUUCAUUAAUCAAAUGCUUUUUAUCUGAUUUUAUA